CGCAGCAGCAGCAGCAAAAGUAGCACAUUACCUUGUGCACGUUGGUACCUCCCUGCUCGUCCGCUGCUCUCAGUCUUGCAGGUGUUUUGCAUAAGGGAGUUACUCACUUUCGUGUCCACAGAGAGACGCUACCUGAAGCCAUGGCUGAGCAGGUGGCCGCCAUGUGUGAGCAGCUUAUAAAGGCUGUGAAUGUGAUGAUGGACGCAGAAACUAGCCAAAUUUACCGACUGGAGGCCCUAAAGUUUUGUGAAGAGUUUAAAGAGACAAGCUCCUUGUGUGUCCCAUGCGGCUUACAAUUAGCUGACAAAGCCCAGCCAGCUGUAGUCAGACACUUUGGUUUGCAAAUCCUGGAGCAUGUCAUCAAAUUCCGAUGGAACAACAUGCAGCAACAAGAGAAAGUCCAGUUGAAGGAGUGCGCCAUGCAGCUGCUGUCAAAUGGUACUCGUACAAUCCUGGAGGAGGAGAGCCACAUCAAAGAUGCCCUGUCACGAAUCGUAGUGGAAAUGAUAAAGAGAGAGUGGCCUCAAAAUUGGCCCGACAUGCUGACGGAGAUGGAGGCUCUCACUAGCCAGGGGGAGGCACAAACAGAGCUGGUCAUGUUGAUCCUUUUGAGGCUGGCGGAGGAUGUGAUCACUUUUCAGACGUUGCCCAGUCAGCGACGCAGAGACAUCCAGCACAUGCUCACCCAGAAGAUGGAAAACAUUUUCAGUUUCAUGAUAGCUAUUCUGCAUAUUAAUAUCGAAGACUAUCGGAAACAGAAAGCGAUACCUGGACAUGAACUACAGGCCAGAGCUCACUGUCGAGUCGCUGUGGCUACGCUGAAUACACUCGCGGGCUACAUCGACUGGGUGUCCCUGGUGCACAUUACGUUCAGAAACUGCCAUCUGCUGGAGAUGUUGUGUUUGCUGCUGAGUGAACCGGAGCUGCAGCUGGAAGCAGCAGAGUGUUUGCUCAUUGCUAUGAGCCGUAAGGGCAAGCUGGAUGAAAGGAAGCCGUUCAUGCUGCUGUUCGACGAUGUGGCCAUUCACUACAUCCUCUCUGCAGCACAGUCAGCAGAUGGACUAGCAAUAUGUAAGAAAUCCCCUGACUCCCGAGCAGUGGAGGUGGUGGAGCGGCGCUACAUCUUCCUGAAGAGACUCUGUCAGGUCCUGUGUGCUAUGUCGGUCCAGCUCUGCUCUUUAGUGGGUUCAGAUGUCGAGGUGGAAAUACCUGCAAAUUUAAGCAAAUACAUGGAAGCCAUUUUAGCCUUCACUACACAUUCCAGUCAGUUUCUAAAGUCAACCACUCUGCCGACAUGGGGAGCUUUGUUCAGACAUGAGACUCUGUCAAAAGAUGCGGUUGUUGUGGAGAUGGCAACCAAAUACCUCAGAGUAUCUAUGACCAACCUAGUCAAGGGUGGGUUUCCGUCACGAGACGACAACCCAAGCUGCGAGUACUCCCGUGUGGACUUUGACAGCGACGAGGACUUCAACUCUUUCUUUAAUUCUUUCCGAGCGCAGCAGGGAGUGGUUUUGAGGAGUGCGUGUCGCAUUGUUCCUCUAGAGGCUUUCCAGAUAGCAGCAGAGUGGUUACAAUAUCAGAUCGCCAGCCCAGUUGAUGCUGGAGACGUCACAUCUAAGACUGCAGAGGGCCUGUGUUCCCUCCUGUCUCCAUCAGUGGUCCAGUGGGAUGCGAUGACUGUCUUUAUGGAGUGCGUAGUCUCACAGAUCUUAAAAAAUCUAGAAGAGGAGAAGUUGCCCAUAGAUGAGAGCAUGGAGCUGCUGCAGGCUGUGCUGAACUACGACAGCAAAGAUCCGCUCAUCUUGUCCUGUGUGCUCACUAACGUCUCGGCCCUCUUCCCAUUUGCCAUACACAGACCACAGCUCAUCCCGCAGGUUCUCUACAAGCUGUUUAAAGCCAUCACAUUUGAAGUUAAUCAGGAGAACAAGGUGCCUCGGACUCGAGCUGUGAAAAACGUCAGGAGACACGCCUCUUCCUCCAUCAUAAAAAUUUGCCGGGAUUAUCCACAGUUCAUCUUGCCUUGUUUCGACAUGUUUUACAAUCACGUGAAGAAGCUGUUUUCGAGCGAGGCCUCGUUGACUCACAUGGAGAAGUUUUCACUGAUGGAGGCUCUGGUGCUCAUCAGUAACCAGUUCAAAGACUUUGCUAAGCAGAAGGCCUUUAUAGAUGAACUGAUGGCCUCAGUGGUCGCAGAUUGGACCUCAGAUGAGAUGAGACUUGCCCUAUGGGAUCCUGUUGCCUUCCUGUCCUUUGUUGGAGCUGAUCAGGUGGUCACAGAGUCGCAAAGUACUGACACAGAUACAGUGAGCCUUAAUAGGGGACGACUGUGUUUCUGUUUGUAUGCCAUGUUGGCGGUGGUGAAGCGGGCACACUGGCCUGCAGAUCUGGAGGAAGCCAAGGCUGGUGGCUUUGUGGUGGGCUACUCCCCUGCUGGAGCUCCCAUCUAUAGAAACCCCUGCACCGCCCAGUUCCAUGUCCUGCUGCCCAAUCUAUUGGCUCUAAUCAGGACUCACCACAGUCUGUUCAUGCCAGAGAACAUGUCUCGCCUGAGUGAGACCUUCUCCAGAGCCCACGAGGUGAUGGAUGCAGAGAAGAAUGUGGUUCUUGGUCUCUCUCAGCAUUCUCUGGAUAUUUAUGUCUCACCUGUGUACAGAAGCAGCCUGGAGCGCAUGCAGGGAUUUUUCACCUCAGUAUAUGAGAACUGCUUCCAAAUCUUGGGAAAUGCAGGUUUGUCCCUGCAGCAGGAAUUCUACACCAUUGAGCGGUUGGCUGAAGGAAUAGCUGGCUCUGCUUUUGUCUCCCUCGACCACGUGCCUGACCACAGACUUCGCACGAUGAUUCGUCUGUUUCUGAGGCAGUUGGUGCUAUCAUGUCCUCAGGAGUACUAUGAGAGUCUACUCUGCCCUCUGCUGGGCCCUCUGUUCGCCUACAUGAUGCAGAGACUCAACGUCAGGUGGCAGGUCAUCAACCAGAGGACAUCUAUUAACGGUGAGGAUGAGGAGGAGGUGGUCUGUCAGGAGAGCCAGGUAACACAGGAGAUGUUGGAGGAACUUCUAGUUCGCCUGCUAACCAGGGAGGUGCUGGAUCUGCUCACCGUGAGCUGUAUUUCCAGAAAAGUGCCUGAACCUGCAGCAAAUAAGGAGGAAAUGGAUGAAGAAGACAUGAUGAUGGAUUCUGUGCAGACGACGUCUCCAGCGCAGCCCACUGCGGAGCUAACAGAGCUGGGAAAAUGCCUGAUGAAACAUGAGACCAUCUACAUGUCCCUGUUGACCCUGUCCUUCACCUUGCUGUCAUGGAAGGACACCACAAACUGUCAUCGCAGUGCUUCCGUCGUCUGCUGGACCCUCCUGCGACCGGUCGUAGGUGGUAAUCUCCUUCCUGAAGCAGUCUCAUGGUUCUAUACCAGCGUUCUGAGAGGCCUUCAGGUUCAUGGGCAGCAUGAGGUCUGUAACUCCACCCUCUGUCAGCUGGCGAUGCUCAUCUAUGAGAACCUGCGGCCUCGCUACAUAGAGCUGAGAACAGUGAUGACCCAGAUCCCAAACAUCAGUGUGGAUGCUCUGGACCAGUAUGAUAAGAGACUCAUGGACCCCAAGGCCCAGAAGCUUGGAGAGAAGAAGCGAAAAGACCAGUUCAAGAAGCUCAUUGCAGGAACUGUUGGGAAAGCUCUGUGCCAGCAGUUCAGGAAGGAGGUUCAUAUCCGGAAUCUUCCAUCGCUCUUUAAAAAGCCCAAGCCAGACAAGGAUUUGGUACAGAGCAGUGAAGCAUUGGGCCUGGCAGCUCUCUUCUCCCCUGAGCAUGACGCCUUGUAAAAACACAUGGCGGUUCCGGUGGACUUCAUGCUGACUGAAGACGGAGUUAUGUGUACAAACUACAGUUUCCCUCUCUGUCCUGCAGCUGGGGCAGUCUACCAAACAUAUCUGUCAACACUCCUGUUUUCAAGAGGUCAUCUUUUCUCAUUAGGUACCUUUCUAAAUCCUGUUGCCCACUUUUUAUCCAUUCCAUUGCACAUACCAAUAAAGGAGGUAUACAAGCUAUGGAAAGUUAUAGAAGAUAUUUCAGAUUAGAAAGGGUCUUUUCUCUCUGUCAGAUUGUAUUCAGUAAUCAUUAGUGUUUUCUCUGCUGCAGAGGAUAUAUUGAGCCACAAAAUACCUUUUAUAGAACAAUUCUGGCUUUUUUUUUCAUUUUAUUUUGUGCCUUUUUCAUUUUUAGGGACUGUAUUUGUCCACAGCCCAACAUCAUGCACACUAAGCAUGCUGCAGGUUUAUGGAACGACAAAAUCAAACUGAGAACAAAGCUUCAGUUUAAUAUUCAGUAUAAAUUCUAGCAUCUAAUGAUUUUCAAACAAGCAAAGUCAGUACAGUAAGUCACAGAAACAGCCUGUUAUGCUACUAUGAAGCUAAAAUUGUAUUAUGAGGCUUGUGGGGGUGGAGACCUUUUGUACUGAAAAAAAUAAUCAUUUCAGUAUUUAGUGUUGGCAGAUAUGCUGUGUGACCAUGCUGCUGCUGUCAAGGCCGUUAUAUCCUACAUUGAAACGAAAGAAAGAAAAAUCUUGGACAAAUCCUGCUGCACAUUUCUCUGUUUACUAUUAUUUCCUUUGACUGGACGAGCUUGAACGGAGUCACACAUCAUGAAGGACGUGCUAACGGUACCUCAGGCGUGAUGUUAAUAAUGAUGGGAUUAAGUUACUUUAUCGAAACAAAAUGUAAGGAGGAAAAAAAAGCUAAAUUUUGUUUUUGUGAAUGAUUUAUUGUACAGCUAUCUAUUUUGCAUAUAUUAUACAGUCGAUUAAGGCGAUGAUGGUUUGCAUUUUGCCAAUGCUUCAUAUCAGCACAACCUACACGGCCCAAGUACUGUUUGGAAUUGCUUAUUUAAUGCAGAGUACAUAUCAAACUACAAAAUAUACAGCCAGAUUUUAUGCCAAAACACUUGGUGUAGAUUUGUGAUAGAGAUCUAUUCACUUAUAAAAUAAAUAAUGACUAUUUAGGGGUGAACUCAAUGACUAAUGUGUAGCUUAAUCCAAGUCUUUCAGUUGUUUUCUAGCUGGUCAGUUGUUAUUUGUUUUUUACGUGUUGUUUUGUGUUUGUGCUGAUUUUGCCAACCAGGGAAAAAAAAGAACCAGCACUACAUUCCUUCAUAGUCCAAGGAAUAAUUUUUUAAAAUGUUUUUUGGAUGUAUUUUGCUCUUAUGGAGCUGCACAGCAGAGAGGGAUUUGUUUAUUCAACUAUUUGUUGUGUAGAUUCAGACCAAAAUAGAUAGGAGUUAUUUUGGCUUGGGGUGAGCUCCCUUUAAAUGCUUAUAGAUGAGUUUGCAUAUCAGAUGCUGUUUGACUGAAAACAGGUUGACAUGCUUUCCCCAGGAAUAGGAACAUUUCUGAAACCUGAUUUUGUUUUUGUUUUUUUGUCAAAUGAAUUUAUCUCCGUGUCUUUGUGAUGAUUGUACACAUGUGGCCAUUUUUAAAAAUGCUUGUUCAACACUAAAAUGUAUCUGUACAAAGGAGAAAAUAGGCUUUUUAAAAGUGUAGUGUGGUUUAUAUUUUUGUUGUUUUUAAAUAAAAAAAACUGAUUUCA